UCGUUUCUUAUGUGUUAUUAAUGUGACAUUCUUGUGUACUGGAAAGUUUGUAGUUUUUUUAAGUUUGCCUCAACAAGUGUGUUUUCGUUGGUGAAAGAGUGUCAUGUAAGAUCAGUAAGGAAAAGGAUUUCUCCCGUUGAACUUCCUAAGGCAGCCGAUGUGCUUUUUCGAUGGCUGCUGCGAUGGUGUUGACGGACGUGCUGGUGAUGUGACAGAAAAGUGGUCGACGUACAGCGAGGCGGGUGACGAGGCCCGUGUCGUCCUGCCGUCCCCGAGGUCGGCGAUCAGCUCGGGGCGCCUCGGAGGCAGGCUCAGUGGGAGUGAAAUCUCGGGCCAUCUCCAAGCGCUGGAAUAUUCGUGCUUUGGAAGCGACUGCGGCCUGCUUGGCCAGGGGCUGUCUCGCGCCUGGCUCUCGGGGGAGUUCUGGUGUGCAAGAGUUCGCUGUUGCAACACAGGAAGGCCGUCGUGGCCUGAAAUAGCAGCAACAUCUGCAACUCGGAACACCUGUGGCAAGUGUCGUGUCGUCGGGCGACCUGGGAGCACAGGUGCGCGCGCCUGGCCUGUGUGGAUACCCGCGAGGCCUCGAAUGUGCCGGUGUGGAUACUGUGGGCUCGCCGGGAAGCUAGACGUGCUCUGUUCCGGUGAAAUAUUCAAAGCUGAAUCGUAUUCUACAUUGGCGCUUGACCUGCCUGGAAGCAACAACGCCCACAGCUUUUAGCACCGGAAGCGGGCGAUCGAACAGUAACAUUUGCCAGGAAGUAGAAAGCAGAAGAUAAAGGAAA